AUGCCAGACGGAGGAUAUUCAAAAACGUGCUCCGUUGAUCCUACUUCAGACCUAGUCGAGAACGCUGCUUUAAAUAAAACUGCCUCCCAGAUCAGCGACUACAACCGCCGGAGUGUGGCAUCUAAUGCUGUAGACGGUGACAAGAACCCAGAAUUUUCCGAUGGGUCAUGUAUGCAUACCGAUUCUGAUGACCCUCGAUUAUUUAGAUGGUGGAUGGUCGAUCUGGAAAGAGAAUACAAAAUUGACAGUAUUAAUAUCACCAACCGAGUUGGAAUUCGCGCAGCAAAAAAACUGCAUGACUUCGACAUAUUUGUGUCACUCAACAGUACAUUUGAGGACGAUGAUCACAUGACCGAUGAUUCCCUGUGUAUCCAGGUGUCAGGUGGAAUGGGUGGCGGGGAAACCAGGACCUUCACCUGUCAGACACCAGCUUUCGGACAAUUUGUCCAGAUCUACAUGAAAACGCUCGACAAAAGAAAUAUGCACAUUUGCGAAGUCACAGUUCAAG